UGCCGAUCCUUUAAGUUAUUGAAAUCUAAGUGUUCUUCGUCAAUUGAGUUUUCGAAUUUGUUGCAUUUAUUCGAUUUAACUAAGUAAUCCAAAAUGGGUAAAGAAAAGACUCCUAUUAACCUUGUAGUCAUUAGUCACGUAGAUUCUGGUAAAUCUACAACAACCGGCCAUUUGAUCUACAAAUGCGGAGGUAUUGAUAAACGCACCAUCGAAAAAUUCGAAAAAGAAGCCCAGGAAAUGGGUAAAGGCUCCUUCAAGUAUUCUUGGGUAUUGAAUAAACUUAAGGCAGAACUUGAAUGUGGUAUUACCAUUGACAUUGCCUUAUGGAAAUUCGAGACCGCAAAGUACUAUGUUACCAUUAUUGAUGCCCCAGGACACAGAGAUUUCAUCAAGAACAUGGUUACUAGUACUUCUCAAGCCGAUUGCGCGGUACUCAUUGUCGCAGCUGGUACUGGUGAAUUUGAUGCUGGUAUCUCCAAGAAUGAGCAAACUAGAGAACACGCCUUACAUGCGUUUACUCUUGGAGUAAAACAACUUAUUGUUGGUGUCAGCAAAAUGGACUCCACUGAACCACCGUACAGCGAACCUCGUUUUGAGAAAAUUAAAAAGGAAGUUUCUCCUUACAUCAAGAAGAUUGGUUACAAUUCUGCAGCUGUUGCUUUUGUACCAAUUUCUGUUUGGCAUGGGGAUAACAUGCUAAAACCAUCACGGUAUAUAGGAUUGAUACAAUUUGAUCAUGUGACAAUGAUUCUUCAGAAUUAA